CGCUUUCGAAGCUCCGAGCCAGCAUGGGGAACGAUGGGGGUGUCAUCGCGGUCAAGCGCAAGUUCAUGCGCCAUGGCCAGCACAAGCAGCGCGACGAGCAAGCUGACCAGCGCACGCUACGCGCGAAGCGCACGACCAUGUGCGCCUUGACGGACGAGCCGCUGGCCGCGCCGAUCGUGGCCGACAAGCUCGGCAACCUCUUCAACAAGGCGUCGCUCCUCGAACGUCUCCUCGAGCGCACACUGCCGCCGGAGCUGAGCUACAUCCGGUCGAUGAAGGACCUUGUCAACUGCAAGUUUUACGCCGACGAGACGUCGGGCCUUCGCCACUGCCCGAUCACGCUGCAGGCCUUCAACGGCAAGCACCCGUUCAUCGUCCAGAAAAAGUGUGGCUGUGUCCUCUCGGAGAAGGCGCUCAAGGAAGUCAAGUCCCCCGAGUGCCUCAUGUGCGGCGCGCCGGCGCGCGAGAAGGACCGCAUGGCGCUGCUCUUGCCCGAGGAAAAGGCCAUCGAGGUCAUGCUCACGCUCCACAAAAAGGACGAUGGCAAGGUGACAGCCGCCGCUCCCGCGCUCAAGCGCAAGCGCGACGACAAUGCACCGAACGCGCCCAAGUCCAAGGUCCGCGCCGUGAGCGAGGCCCUCGAUGCAGUCCAGGCCGAGAAGGAGAAGAGCGCAGUGUUCGCCUCGCUCUUCUCGGGCGAAAAGUCAUCCCAAAAGUCGGCCAACGACCUUUUGAUGACCGUCGGUGGCAUGCGCUACACGCUCUCCUAGCCAUCGUGUAUACUUCCUCUUCUGCAAACUAACUAACGCUUCAUGACCGUGAAAGCUCCACUGUCGCAGCGACACGCCUUCUCCUCCGACUCCAACACAACUCGGCACGUAUCUGUCAUCGCUCAAGCCGAUGGCGAGGCCUGACGCGCUCCUUCCAACCGCAAGAGCCAACCACGUGGCCCGGCACUGUCCUCUGUCGCUGACUGUCGUGCAGCCCGACAGAUCCACGACAGUAUUCCCACCGUCUGC